AUGUUCAAUUUACUCACUCACACAUUCGAUAGUCCUGUGGAUGGUCCGCGUGAUGCUAAACGCAGUGCCACGCUUUCGGCGGCGUUGGAUGGGUAUUUGGGCUCUGUGAGAGUCCCUUCACGAAGUGAUAAAGUAUACAAAGACGAAUGCAUCUUCUGCUUCGACAACGCCGAAAGUUCGGAGGGAUUGUUUGUGUGCCUGCACGCGUGGCGAGCAAUGUGCCGCAAGCACGCAGAGCUCAACAGUGCGCGCACAGGCCACCAACUGUACAUGCGAAUCCACACCACCAAGACACUCAAGGAGGAAGAACCUCCCACCGACACACCCAGUACUACCGUAGUCGUCCCUACUGUCAUUGGUCCUCGCUACGAUUACAAUACCACCACCACCAUUGUCACCAUACCCCAGGGCACAGAACUCUGCAGCGGGGAUGACCCAGAUAUGCACACUCUAGUCCGUCGUACCGUUCAGGCUAUUCUGGAGAGCGAUAGCGCCGCACGUGUGGAGGAGAGUAUGGCUUGGCAGGAAAUGCGCCAGGAAUGUGAGCACGCGCGCAACUUACAGCAAAUAGACAACAAUGUCACCAUCCCUUCAUCCGGACAUCACAAAUGCAUCAAAUGUGACAAAGACGACAAUCUCUGGCUGAAUCUGCAGGACGGAACCAUUCUGUGCGGUCGCAUGAACUUCGACGGCACCGGAGGCAACGGUCACGCACUGGAGUACUACACAGAGACUAACAAACCAUUGGCUGUGAAGAUGGGUACUAUCUCGGCGGAUGGCGGCGACGUGUUCUGCUAUGUAUGCGAUGACAUGGUGCUCAACCCACACCUGGGGCUGCAGCUACAGCACUUUGGGAUCAACAUGGUCAAUAUGGAGAAGAAGACAGAGAAAACUAUGGCGGAGCUCGAACUGGAGCAGAAUAUGAAGCAUGAAUGGAGCAUGGUGACCGAGAGUGGCCACGACUUGGUGCCCCUAUAUGGACCCGGAUACACAGGCAUGCGUAACCUUGGCAACAGCUGCUACCUGGCAUCCACCAUGCAGCUGCUCUUCUCCAUCCCCGAGUAUGCCUCUACCUUCACGCCCACUAAGGAGGCAGUCUUUGACUACGGCUCACAUGUGAGCGACCCAGUGAAUGACCUUAAUGUGCAGUUGAACAAGCUGUCUUAUGGGUUGUUGUCAGGCGCAUACUCCAAACCACUGCCACCGACCAGUGAAGACACCAAUGGCAUACGCCCCAGCAGUUUUAAGACAGUGGUGGGCAGAGGCCAUCCGGAGUUCAGCAACAGCCGUCAGCAGGAUGCACUGGAGUUCUUCCAGUAUCUUCUGACUAUCAGCGAGAAGCAAACCAGGGCAACGGGGUCCAAAAAUACUGAUAAGGAUGUACCCCUGGAGCAUUUGUUCAGGUAUCAAGUCGAAGAGAGGUUACAGUGCGGGGCAACCGGGAAAGUUCGGUACUCAACGACGACUGAUAAUAUACUCAGCCUAACUCUUCCGCUCGACCAGGCAACAAACAAGGAAGCUGUAAAUAUAUACCUUGCUAAGAUACAGGAAGGGAUAGCUGCCAACACACCUUACACUGAAGAGACGUUGCCGUCUGUCCGGCCCAGUAUCCCUGUAGAGGCGUGUCUAAGCGCUUAUUUGGCGCCCAAUGAAAUGGCCAACUGGAUAAGCCCCGCCACACAGACCGCCACUACAGCCAUCGUCAGCCAACGCAUGCUGACAUUCCCGCCGUAUCUGAUGGUACACACGCGCAGGUUCUAUGUGGGCGACGACUGGACGCCGCAGAAGCUGGAUGUGGAGGUGGAGAUGCCUGAGUUCUUAGAUCUGUCAACGCUUCGGGGGUGUGGGGGUAUGCAAGACGGUGAGUCAUCGCUACCCGAGAGUAAAGGUACCGAACCUCCCGCAGUGGUUCUGGACGAGAGUGUUAUGUCCGAGUUGGCUUCGGCAGGCUUUGGUGUGAAUGCGUGUAAGCGAGCGGCAUUCAAUACGAUGGGACAGGGGGCUGUGGCAGCGAUGGAGUGGGUUUGUGGCCAUCUGGACGAUGCCGAUCUCAACGACCCGUUCACACUGCCUGGUGCCACAGGUACGUUAGGAAUAGAUCUGUAG